UUGGUUUGAUUUGUUUGAGUAAAGAAGGGAAAAACAAUGUCGGGAAGCAAUUUGGAGACGAGAUCAUUGAUUGAUGAGCUGAGAAGCUUCGACAGUGGCGGAUUCUUCGAUCUCGGCCACCCUCUCCUCAACCGCAUGGCUGAAAGCUUCGUCAGAGCCGCUGGGAUCGGAGCGAUUCAAGCAGUAGCGCGGGAAGCAUAUUUUACAGCAGUCGAAAGUGGCGGUGGAGAUGCGAGCGGGAGCAUCCCUCCAGAGACGGGGAAGCAUCACAGGUUCCCAAAUCUUAGAGGUGCGGGCGGAAACUCUGUGGAAGCAUUGGUUAUAAGUACUGGAAAGGAAUCGGUACAAUGGGGUUUAGCAGCAGGAGCCUACUCAGGUCUUACUUAUGGGUUGAAAGAGGCUCGGGGAGUUCAUGAUUGGAAAAACAGUGCCCUUGCCGGAGCAAUCACCGGUGCAGCUUUGGCCAUGACAUGCGAGUAUCACUCCCACGAGCAGGUAGUGCAGUAUGCUAUAACCGGAGCUGCCAUAUCGGCCGCAGCUAAUAUUCUCACCGGCAUAUUCUAGUUUUAUCAACAAAAAUGGAUGUAAUUUCCGACUAAUCUCAACAAUAGAUAGCUUUAGUGUUGUAUGGACUGGACUAAGCACAGCACAACGGAUGAUAGACUUUAUUUCA